AAGUCCUACUCACUGUCUUCUUACGGCAUUACUGUUGUUUACAAAAUUGAGAGGACGAGAAGAGAAUGUCCUGCGCUUUAACCGGGUUGAUGAACACAGGCAGUCCACCUAGAGGAGUUGGGAAACCCUGAUUCCAAACCAAUGGUGCACAUGGACUCCAGUGUGCUGAGGGAACAAAUGGCGUAUGAACCACUUGUUGGUCACCGACUAUCAUGGGACUGCAUCUGCUGACUUUGUUCCACUGCCGUGUGGAUUAGACCUUUAGGUCGAAGGCUCCGGGUUUGACCUUCUAGGAAAACCACGUGAUCCGGUUUGGGCACCCAGGAAGUUUUUCAGCCCUCACACAAACCAAACGAUUUAUGUGGCGUAUAUCUAUUUGGUGCCUUCUUGCACUAAUAUUUAUGCGUUUAAAUAAUAAGUAAUAAUAAUAACUCUUAAUAGGACAAACCAGUCUGAGAUCCUCACGGACAUCUAUUCUGGACCCAGUCAGUUUGCGUGCGUUUUCCAGUAUUAGGUUUUUUUUAGCAGGAGCUAAGGUAACUUUUAAGAGGCAGCUUUUCUGCGCGCUCUCGGAGUCCAUUUGUUUCUCUAUUGUACAAAGCUUAUAGAUGUUAACUCCUACCGUUUCUGGAAGCAGUUUGCUUAUUAAGGGCUUAAUGUGACUUAAGUCGUGUUCAAAUCCAACCUUUGGUUCUUUUUGGAAGAUUCUCUUAACUUAUGAAAAAUGGCUGACUUGUCACAGAGACCCGUCUUAACAUGCUGCGAGGUUUUGCUUCUCAAAAUAUCUCCAUUCCUACAGUUCAGUUUGGAGUCAAAUGCGAAUGUCUCACUUUGUUUACUUACUUUUCUUUUCUGGGUGUAAUUGUAAGUAGUUCAUCGACCUUAUUAUCUUGGUCACAUCAUCUACACCGCUCAGGCUUUGCUCCUCAAUAGUCUAUUUUGCAUUGGUAUGUGAAUCCGGACCUGAAACCGUCGACUCACAUCUCUUAGAGCUCCCUAUAAUUUGUUUCUUCUCAGCAUGCUUUUUCCGGUAACCAUGCCUACAUCUGUUUGUUAUCCACUACGCUAUUUGGGUCCAUCUUGAUGGUUUCAUUAAAAUCCAAAGUUGGACUCAUGAUAAUACUCACUGCUUCCUCAAAAACUGAAAACUGUUAAUCUGCUGCUGGCUAUUUAUCUGAGGGCAUCUUUUUAGCUAUGUUCAGCAGUUCAACCACUUCAAAACUCAGCAGAGACUUUGUGGAGCAGCAUACUUUGCACAGACAACGUGAUAAUGGGUUGCAGCACCUUUUAUAUGCAGCCGGUGUGAGUCCGGUACACAUGUUGUGAUAUCACUUGUUGCAGUUGUCACAUUGCACUACGUCCUCGAUCAGGAAAAGACACGCGGGUCUACCACAACGAUGUUUUACUCGCGCAAUAAAAUUGUGUAUUGAUCUCACAAAGAGAACAAAAAUCUGAUCUCUAGAAUAAGUAUUUUUCUAAGACCUUAAAGGUAACAGACGCUGAACACAAAAGGCUGAGGUUUAUGUGUUACUGUAACUGAAAGCAAAAAUCCGACGAAAAUAAGUACAAAAAAGCCUUUACACCUUUGAAUACAAACAACAUUGAAAGGUUUACACAAUGAGGAGAUAUAGCAUUACCCUUUUUGUUUCCGUACUCAAAGAGUACAGAUAAUAAAUUACUUUAGAACAAAAAAUGAUGCCCUUGGUUAUUUCUUUAUCUCUUCAUUCCCUAAUACAUUAGUUGUAUUUAUGAAUAACUAAAUCAAAUGCGUCAAAAUAUAUGUACUUAAUCUCUAAGCCUUAACCUUUGUUUUAAAAUUUUUAUAUUAUUCCAUGCAUCAAACUAGCUUUCAGUAUGUUUGUCGGAUCACUAUGUAGUUACGAGUUUAAACCGUUGUUGAAUUACUACCUUGCAUUCGUUUUAACUUACUUUUCUACUAAUGUCAAAUACUUCCAAACAGAUUUUACAGAAGGUAAACAAUAUGAGGUUAAAAUAAGACUACAUAACCGAUAUAUUUCAGUUGUUUUCUUUACUUUUUUAUCCCAACAGUAAAUGCAAUAUCAAUAGGUACUAGUUUGUAUAUUCAACUUCAGGCCAAACUUUUAUCCAUGUAAACUGUUUAAACUAAAUUGGAGUUCGUAACUGUACUGAAAUAUUUGAAUGUUGAGUGCUUUAACUAAUUAGUUACCUCUAUAAGUACUUAUCGAAACCUUUGUGUCUGCAUUUAUAAGUUUCCCAUGGUUUUCGGCAAGUGAUCUUAUCAACAUUUCCCUUCUAAACCUAACCACAAUUUGUUUUAUUGUUCACUUUUAAACUUAAAACAAGAUUACCAUUUAUUUGCUUAAAGUAUUGUGUUAACAUUCCGUUAAUUUCUUUAUUAUUCAAAUGUUCGUUUGUAGACUGAUAAAUUGGCUAAUUUUAAAAUCGUGACUGUAAACAAACAAACAUCGUAAUCAUAAUGUCGACCAAAGGUGAUAAAGCGGUUGAAAGACAAAUGCAAAUGUUUGAAAUCGAAAUGAUGCAACAAGUAUUUACCAGUAUGACAAGUAGCUGUCUAGCUAAAUGUAUUCCAUCUAAUUAUAAUGAUGGUGAUCUAACUAAAGGUGAAGCAGUUUGUUUAGAUAGAUGCGCCUCAAAAUUUAUGCAAGCGUAUAUGCAAACUACUAAGAAGUUGUCUACAAUGGCAUCAUCAGACCCGAAAGUGGUAACUAGUAACUAGACUUUUUCAGGAUAUACUCUGGAAAAAAUUUCGCUUUCUAAACUGAAAAUUUAGAUGUAAAGAAACAUAUCCUUGUUUUCUGUAUUAUAUCGCAAUUGUAAAUUAGUUGUAUUUUUAAAGUACAACUAUGUCAAAAUGAGUUUACAUUCUGUGGUAAAUUUCUCAUGAAGAGCUAGUGAACUGAUUGUUUAGAUGAAGUAUUACUAGACAAUUAGGUAGUCUGGUUUUGUUAUGAACAACAUUCCUCUGAAGUUGACGGUUCAAUGAUUUAUUCUGAAGUAACAAAACUGUUAAGUACUCUGAUUGGUUUGUCUUAAGACUCAUUAGCGUAUGCUAACCCCCCCAGAUUUCAUGUUAAGAUUUUAAAAACUGAUUCCGAAUUUACUUCUGAACGUUUGUAACCCUCCCCUCGUCACUUGGAUUUAGCUAUUAAGUCCCACUGAACACUUUGCUAAAUGUGGUGACAAGUAUGAUAUAAUCUGUAAUGACAAGUUUUCUGGGGAUGGAAAUAUUGGUCCAAAAGGGUUCGUGAGUGUAAAUAAAGGUCUACGUUUAAGUAAAAGUUUUCAAAGAAAAUAAUAAGUUUACACUUUAGCUCCUUGAUCAAAUAUCUGAAAUUAUGAACUUACAGUUGCAAAUAUUAUUCCACCCUCUUAAUAUGUUUCUGUAUUAAUCAAUAAAAUGAGGAAACUUAUGUUGAAAUUUGUUUUGUCAUUGUAGGCAUGACGUAAUAGGUGAGUAGUUUAUGUUUUUCCCAUCAUACUUAGUGUUGCUUGAUAAUAAAGCACAAAUUUAUGAACAUAGUUCCGUCUGAUAACCGAAGAGAGCUCGAGUCUUUUUCUUGAUCCUUUCUCAAAAAUAGUAUUAUAGCUUUAGAACUAUGUGCUGAGUGGUUUAAUGGUCGUAUAUCUUUGGAGAUCCGAAAUGAAUGCCGAAACUAUUUCUAAAUAAUCCUGCGCUCAACUGGGACUAGCUCCAAGAUGAGUUGUGCGUAGCUUUAAUAAGUCGGGUCCAUAAUGCAACUCAUCAUGUCAACUUAUAAUUCUGCGUACUAACUUUCUUGCAGCUAGGAAGCACUAUUUCUUAAAAGAAAUGAAAGCGAUGAUCAUAUUAUCUAUCAUCUGUCGAAGUUUUUCAUAAGUGAUAAGGUAAUACUCAAUAAAUUGAUAGGUAUUUAUCUUUUUAAAAGCCCACUCAAUCAGAAAAUCCAUAAAAGAUUCCAACAAAUAUAUUCGGUAACUUUUCAUCAGGCUUUACUACUACAAUUAGAUGAAUCUGUUCGGGAUACUUGAGUCGGUGUUUAGUAAAUUCAUAGAACGUGCACAUGAAUUGGAGAGUUGAAAAUGAUCAUAAUAAUGGUAGCAAAAUUGUAAGUGUAUAUGAUUUGUUGGAAAUUUAUGCGUUAGUAUCACAGAGAAAUAGCUAGUUGAUUUCACUCUAGACAUGUGUUAGCGGGACAUUGACUGGACUGAAGCAUGCUCAGUUGCUUUGGUGCGCACUGAUUGGCUAAUUCUUAUCCAAUCAGCACUAGUCGAUACUUUGGAGAAUACUCUAGAAUCUCAUGCAAAAACUAUAAAUAUAGUAACGUUCUUCCUAUUGUGUUACUUACUUCCAUCUAACCUUGUUAUUUGGAAUGUAACCUCUUUUCCUGUACAACCGUGUUCUGAUUUGGGGGACUUGUCGAGCGAAUCGGUGUCCGAGAAUACUAAGCAAUUGGAAUAGCUGGUUUAUAACCGUAAGAGAGAAUCAUAACAACAUGUUUGAACUUUACUAAUCGUGACUUCCCACUAGAACUUCAUAAGCGCAUUUCGAAGUAAGUCACCUGUGAGUUUGUUACAGUUUAGACGAAUGGGUUUUGUGGGGUCGAGCCAUGAUGGAGUCGUAGAUGCCUACUCCAGAACAGUCCCAUACUAGGGCGUAACAUCUGUCUACUCGCUAUCUAGUCUUUUUUCCUGAUGAAUAUCACUUACAAAAUAGAAACACAAGAUUCUCAGUCGUAAUAGUAUGAAUGCUACUUGUUAGUUGACGACUGGUCAGUCAAGAGAGAGUAAAGGUCACACUAAGUAACCAAUGGUAAUAUACUGCAAUAUAUUGUGGAUUAUUGAAUAUAACUAAUCAUUUUGAUGUUCGGUCCUUACCAAAACACCGACCUAAAUAAAUCUAGAUAUUUCCCUUGCAUCGACAUUUAUAGUUAGAUCCAUUAUAGGAUGCUUGAAAGUCAACUAGUUAUUUAGGUGAAAGUUGCAUAACAAACCGCUUCCAGAUAAGACGUUUCCAAAGGACACUUGGUAGAGUUGUGAAGCUUUAUCGAGUGUGUUUGUAAGUGUAUGAUUUUGUAUAAUUCUUAACCCUUAAUGCAGCAUUAGGCUUGGCAAGGCAACUGAUGAGUCCUAAAUACAGAUAGCAAACUUUGCGUGAGUUGGUUGGAAAUCAGAAACAUUUGGACGAAUGUAUUCAAUUCUUAUUACCCUCUCAAUCUUAAGCAUUUUGUAGCGUUAACUGCGUUUUUGUGCAGUAUCUGUGGAUUUUCUUUAGUAAGUUCUUAACUCUCAUUAUUAUUGUGGCUACGCCGAGUCGUAAGGUUUUGAGCAGUACCAUACGUAUAUACAUAAUUUUCAAAACAAAUUUAUUUGACGUCUACAACAAGUGAUCUCAAAGAUCUUUACACUUAGUCUGAAUAAUCAAAUUCAGAUAGUCAACGUGUUCUGUUUUGUUUACCUGAAAUACUACUGUUGUUAAUUUUGAUCCGUUGUAGUGUUUGUUCCUUCGAAUUUCUAACUUAAUUGUAUGAUGGUUGGAGACUAGGCAACAUGGCUUAGAAUCGACCAUAAUGGCGUAGGUGUAUACACUUUUCUCAUUAAACAAUGAGAUUAAAAGUACUAUAUACGUUUUUUUCUACGAACUGGUUCUCUCUGUAUCAUAUCCUUAUACACAUUCUUUUUUAUAUGGUACUACCAUUGAAGUAACUGCUUCUAUGAAUUUGGUGUUCAUCUUGUUGUGCUGAGGUAGAGCAACUCGGACCAAUGCAUAUAUGUGUUUGGUCCUACGUUGCAGAUGACUGACCGUAUGAUGUCCGUUUCUCAAGAAACAUUUAUUCGUCCAACUAAUAUUAGGUGACAUUAAUGUACUAGAUGCUGUUGUCAACUAUGGUUUGUACGUCAAACGGUCAGUCUAUCAUUAUCAACAUGGGGUAUGGAACAGGUUUGUGUUUUAACUUAAGUUUCUAUACUACUUUAGCACGACAAGAAGUUUGGAAGAUCAGUGGUAAAAUGGUCAAAAUAAUGUAGAAGCGAUGUUUAUGCGGUAGACUGGGUAUUGAAAAUAUGCUUCGAAAAGACAAAGACACGCAAGCAGAAUUACUGUUACUCAAAACCAAGAGAGAGCAUACACUUGAACCAGUGCAAUCGAUUCUAACUAAUACCAUGCAACAUUCCUAACAGCUGUUUGUGGUUAUCUUCUGGACACUAGCCAACUGUAUUGGGUUAAUAAAUAAGAUGAUUUUUCAAGUUCGAUGAAAUUACAGUGGAUCACUGUGCUAAUCAAGCCGAAUAUCCUCUAUUCCAAGUAGGCGGCUCUCAAGUGAAAUUUAGCCAAGAGAUAAGGUUUACGCUAAUCUCUAAAAUCAAAAGAUGUAAACUAUCUAGUGCUGCAGUAAAUGUCAGAAUGAACAUUAUGAAUUUAAAAACCUUGAAUCGCGAGGCCUUUAGGUGUUGGCUACACUUUAAAGUCACAAACAACAUGAAAAGUGAGUUGUUUUUUAGAAGAGUUGGAUCCAGGAGGAAAAUGUUUGGUAGAAACAUCUAUUGGAAUUGAAGGAGGAAUAAAAUGAUAAGUAAGGGUGAUAAAAGUACUUAAUUGAGGUAGAAAGAUGAAUGUACAUGAUAAAAUCUGUGGAGUAUAACUCGUUACAACAAUAAAUUGAACUACCUACUCUUGACGAGUAGCACGAUUUUAAGCAGGAAAUAAAUAGUCUAAGAGCAAAACUUCAAAAAACAAUUUUCAAACAGAUAACUUCGCUUCUUUCAACCACUAAAACAAAUAGUUUCACAAAAUUGAUCAGGCUUGAUGUUUUAUUGGUCUGUUUAGUUAGAUUUCAGCUGGUAAUAUCUAGUCACUAAUUCUACUACAUGGUAAUUUGAGUAUGUGUCUAGACAGUUAUUGAGAUUUUUUUGAUUGAGAUCAUGAACCGGUUGAUGUUAGACCACCAUUGAAAACCUGGAAGCACUGGACGACUGUUUAGUCCUAUUGUGGGACCCCUCGGCAGUGCGCAUCCACGAUCCUGCUCGCGGGAUUCGAACCGAGGGCCUCCAGUCUCGAGCGCGAACGCUUAACCUACUGGACCACUGAGCCGGUAUCCAAUGGUGCUAAUGUCUAACUUCAACCAAUCCACGAAAUCGCGCGACCAUCUUCCAUUGUACUGAGGUAGACACCUGUUUCUACCCGACACUAGUGAGAGUUUGGCAUACCAUUUAAAGCACGACCGUACGUUUGUACCAGCUAAAUAGGAUUCUCUGGUGUCUGUUGCAAUUCUUCAAAGUUAUUAAGGAUUCUGUUCACUAGAUCUGACUCCAAAGACGGACUAACCUAGAAUAUUUUCCAAAAACUUGGGCACUCGCACACUGCCGUUCGUCAGACUGCUAAGUAAGGAGACAAACAGAAAAAAUGACAUUGUACCGCGCAAGAUUUC